UUUAGUAAAUGGCAAAAAAAUGGAAACUCCUAGGGAAAGAAACUCGAAUACUUCUUUAAGUCGGUCGGAAGACAAUUAUCCUACAACUUCUUCUUCUUUUAGAACAAAAUAUAGUAGACAAAAACCCAUAACCACUGGGACCCAUCGAAAGUCGGUUGAAAAGAGAAAUAAUCAAUUUCAGAAUAUAAAACAAUUGAGUUGUCCAGACUCCCGCAAGUGUCCUCGCAAGACCUUGAGGGAUAGUUCUGUUUCUUCAUAUCGCCAUUCACCUCCAUUCCAAUCUAAUGCAUCGAUAGAAAGUAGGGGUAGACCUAAGACCCCAGGAAAUCCAUCUUACUCUAGACUUACAGGUUUGCAAAAUGACUCAAAUGAUGCUCCCUGUCACUCUAAAUCGAUUAGAUGUACUUUCAAUAGCCGGCAAUUUGAAGACAGCCAACAAUUACUAUUCGAACAUAAGAAUAAACAACCAAGGAGAGAUCAGGCUUAUAGCCAAAAUGGUUAUAGAUGUAACCGGAAUAACCAAGAUAGUCUCCAAAGUUUACGUGAUACUGGCAUUACCCGAUCAAAUACCCCAGGCUUAAUUUGGACUGAGCCGGAUCGAACUCCAAAUUUAGUAACUCCCUUGGAUGCACCUAGUCUGAACAAAUCCAUUAAACUCUCAAAUGGUACGGUGAGAUCGACUGAUGUGGAAACUCUGCAAACGGUGACUCUAAUGCAACCGCGAAAACUUCGAGACUCUGAAAGUGCGAGGAUCAGAAGCCAGGUUACUGGCUUUGAAAACACCGUUCUUAUCGAGACAAGAACGCCCUGCAACAGGGAAAAUUUAUUGCAAGCCUGUGGACGACCUCCUUGUAACUUCCGUCCUCAGCAAUAUACAGGGGUUCCUCCGAAUCUGCACCAAGGAUUUAUAGUUUCAAAGCCAACAGAGCAUUCUAUACAACCGCAAACAUCUACGAGUGCUCCACAGUAUAGGACCACUUUUGACGCAAAUUAUCUAAUAGAUCCACGGGAUCAGUGGAGUAUUAUUAAGUCCCCAGCCUCAGCCCCCGUGAUGAAUUCUCCAUUUCAGCAGCAUCAGCAUCUAAGGAACAACUAUCAGCCAACUAAUAGUGUAUACCAUCAUUUUCAGGAGCCUGUACAUCAUCCAGCUGUAAGUUCCAAUGGGCUUGAAAAUCCUGGCUACUAUUCCCAAACUUUGAAAGAAAACAUACAAAUGCUUCCGGAGGGAUUCUAUGAUCAGACCGUUAAUAAAUAUAAUAUAACGCGAAUGGAUUCAAACUUUCAGCCGCCGCCUUUGAUACCCGAAUUUCUUCAGGCCCAACAGCAGCCUUUUUUCAGACACCCAGCUUGCCCAUAUAGCAAUCAAUUUCAACAACAGAUGGUAAUGGGAUCCGCUCCAGACCUCAAUCGUCCCUUUAUUCCGCCGCAGAACCAAUACCAAUCUGAGCUGCAAAGUCAUCCUUCGUUGUUCUGCCGCCACCAAAGUGUAAAAUUGGAUGACUUCAGUCAAUCGGAAUACCAAAUUUGAUUACUAAUUUAAAAUAAACGAAUAGUUUUUCCAAUCAA